CCCCUUUCUCCCCUGCAUCUCUCUCUGCUUUACUUUGCAACAAUCUCACCUGCAUUUUCCCUCACCUCAAUCAUUCUGAGCCCACAUUUCAUAAUUUUCAUUCAUUAUAUCUCACAUUUCAAUUCACUCCUCAUUACCAUCAGAUCACCUACUCAUACUUGCAUCUUACUCAACCUUGUUAAUUACCUCCACACGUGUGUCUGUGUUUAUGUAGAUCAAGAAACUCAAAUUCUGCUCAAACUGAAACUCAUUGCUGGAAAUUCUCAUCUGGGGUCUCAUAAUUUAGCAGUUCUUGAAAUACCCUGUUGUCAAAAUCACAUCUUUGGACAUGGAGAAGGAGUACUAUUUCAAUGCUGAGAUUUCACCACAAUUCAACUUCCAGCCUUUUGGCAAUGCCUUCCAAGCCAAUCCUGGUUUUGAGGACCCAAUGGAACAGUGUUCGCAAUACGAAACAGCUCUGAGCUCAAUGGUCUCAUCACCCACAGCUUCCAAUUCUGUCACUGAUCAUUUUGCAGUCAGGGAAUUGUUUGGAAAGCUUGGAAGUAUUAACAAUGCUGGUGAUAUUUCACCUGAGUUCAUACAAAGGUCUAGUUACAUCAACAGUCCGAACACGUCGUGUUACAAUACACCUAUAGAUUCUCCACCUGAACUACAAGUGCCAAUGAUGAAUCAACUCAUAGGCAAUCCAAUGCCUAUGAAUUCUGCUCUGCCUGCUCUUCCAACUGAUCCAGGGUUCGCGGAGAGGGCUGCUAAGUUUUCGUGCUUUGGGAGCCGUAGUUUGAACGGCAGAACAAGCGCACUUGGGAUAAACAAUGCUGAAUUUCAAUUCAGGCGUAGUAGACACCUUAUGGGAAGCGAAAAUUUGCCAAGAGUUUCGAGUAGUCCUUCUCUUAAUGCAGAUGGAUCUCCAAUGGUGAACAAGAAUUAUGUUCAAAGCCAGAUGAAUUUGAGGUCUGACAAUGGCUCUAACGAGGAAUCUUCGGUUUCUGAACAAAUCCCAGCUCAGGAUAUUGAGUUACCAGCUCCUGUUGAGUUAAAUUCAAGAAAGAGAAAAGGAUUCCCAAGAGGAAAAGCCAAGGAAGCUGCUCUACUUAAGUCUACAAAGGUAGCAGAAGGUGAAGAGAAUUCAAAUGUUAUGAAGAGAUCGAAGAUGACAAGUGAAAAUGUUAAUGGUGGGGUUAAAAAAGAAGAAGAAACAAAUAUAGCUACAGAAGAGGAUAAGAAACAGGAUAACAAACCUCCAGAGCCACCGAAGGAUUAUAUUCAUGUCAGAGCAAGAAGAGGUCAAGCCACUGACAGUCAUAGUUUAGCAGAAAGAGUUAGAAGAGAGAAGAUUAGUGAAAGAAUGAAGCUUCUUCAAGAUCUUGUGCCAGGUUGCAAUAAGGUGACCGGAAAAGCAGUGAUGCUUGAUGAAAUUAUAAAUUAUGUACAGUCAUUACAGCGCCAGGUCGAGUUCCUUUCGAUGAAAUUGUCCACAGUCAACUCAAACCAGAAUGUUAACAUUGUUAAUCUUCUCCCCAAGGAUAUGUUUCAGCCAAAUGGGAGUAUAUUGAAUCAAAUGUACCCAGUGGAGUCUUCUGCCUCAGCUUAUCAUGGUCAGCAAACCUCACAACUACACCAUGAUAAACCACUGCAGCCACUAGAUGCCACAUUGUGCCGCAACCUUGGCAUUCAAUUAGAAGGAUUUGGUGAAGGCCUUCCUCAGUUCCCUGCGUUCUCUGAGGAUGAUCUACAAAGCAUCGUUCAAACAGGAUUUGCUCCAAACCAGACAUCCCACAUGAAUAUUGAGCUUUGAUCAUACUUUAAUGGUCCUGAAAUCAAAGUCCAAGGGGAGAGAAGGCUUCUCUGUAUAUAAUAAGAAGAGAUUGUUCAUUAGAUUAUAAUGUAGGGAUUCUUUUCCAAUUAGUUAUCAAACAAGUUGUAAUUUUAGUAAUUGAUAUUGUCUUUCUACA